GAGUUUCUGCACUCUUUUGUGCCAUGUUGGGAAAGAUUUUGUGCCUGGUCAGCUGCUUUUGCUGCUCCCAAAGUGCAAACUACUCAGAAGAUGCGUCCCUCCUAAGUUGCCUUGUAAAAGGACUGGAUAAAAAUUUUGUGAAUUUCAAGCCCAUUUUAGUGAGUUUGCCUGUGGAUUCUCGCUCCAGAGUACACGGCAGUGAAAUACUCAUAGGCUUGCGCCUGUGGAAGAAAUGGCCCAUUAUUUUAGCUAAUAUUAACCGAGAAGCUCUGGAAGCCUUUAAAGAUCAUAGGACGGAUAAACAUGAAAAUUAUCUGCUAUAUUUCAAUGGUAGCCAAGAGGCUUUGAAGGGAUUCCAAGCUUUGGAUGCGAUGUUACUCCUUAACCCCCAUGCCAGAUUUCUAAUAGUGUUGCAUGCAGAUGUACAGCCAGAAGAUUGGGCAGGUGGAAAAAUUAUCCACCUGCUGUAUCAAUAUUAUAUUUUCAACGCAGUUAUUUACAUUGGUAAAAACCUUUAUAAACCGCAGCCAUUUUUUGAAAAAUCCUGCAAGUUUAACGCAGAAGCACGCCUCAAGCUCGUUGAUACCUGCAAGAGCGGUAAAUGGCUGAAAGACGUUCAUUGGUAUGGGGAAAGUGUUCCCAAUAAAUUUGAGUCUUGCGAUCUGAAGAUCAGUUAUAUCGAAGGCCCCCCACAUGUGAUAAACAUGGAAAAUGUGUCCAUUCUGGACAAAAAUGAGUUCCUGCAUCAUGGUUUUGAAAUAGGGAUUCUAGCCAAUAUUUUUGCCCAUAUGAAUGCUACUUUGAGAUUCACAAAGUCUGAAAUCAUCGGCGAUAUGUACCUAAAUGGCACUGGGACAGGAAGUUUUCUACAUCUGCUCAGGAAAGAUGUUGAUAUAGUUGUGGGCGAUUAUGGGGCAACUGCGCCAAGAAUGACGUUUUUCGACUGCAGCGUUCCAUAUUCGGCGGAUGGACUCGUAUGGGUAGCUCCUCACUAUUUAGUGUAUUCAACUGGAUUUAUCAGCAUUGUUAAAACCGGAGUGUGGGUCCUUAUCGGGUUAUUCAUUUUCAUGGUCAGUUCCAUUAUAACUGUCCUAGGCAAGUAUGCAGAAAACGAACAUGCACUCUACAAGCAGCCUUUCUUAGUAUUCUCGAACGUUCUAACUGUCGUUUGCAAUUUACCAGUAGCAACCCUACCAAGAAACCAUAGAAUACGAAUAUUUUAUCCCAUGAUAUUACUGCUUGGAUUCGUCUUCAGUACAUGUUACAUGACCUAUCACAUGAGCCUCAUAGCACGAGAUGGGCUUAGGAAGGACAAGUUCAAAUCACCUCUGGAUAUCGCCAACUACAAGCUGAAAGUCUACAUUGUUCCGAACACCAAAAGGUUUUUCCAAGAUAAAUCGUCUACAGUGGAGUCUUUUCUCGUAGAAAACGCCCAAAUAUGCGCGCUGAAGGACUUCGAUACAUGCCUGCGAGAAAUCGCCCUUCUUCGAUCUGCAGCAUUAGUGGCGUCCAGACCCUACAUCGAAUAUGUCCAAGACAAUUAUAUUGUUGAGGCUGAUUAUCCGCCGUUCGUAUUUUUCGAAACUGGCAUUAAAGGAUCGAUAUUCUUUUACAUGGCGAAAGGCUUUUGGGGAGUUGAUCGACUGAAUGGGUUGCUUUACAAAGCCUUUGAAGCGGGACUCAUUGACAAGUGGACCAACAUUGCAAUAAGCUCGAAAUAUAUGGGAAGAACAGAUAAAUCCAAACUGAGCUUCAGUGGAAAACCGUUAAAUUUGAGAUCGUGUGCGCAGUUUUGUUACGGCUUGUUGUUGGCGUAUUUGAUCGCUACUGUUGUUUUUAUAGGGGAGCUGGUUGUAUAUAGAAAAACGCAUAGUUUUUGA